CCUUCCUUAUCCUCUAUCUCUCUCACUGCCUAAGCCAAGCUAAUGCCUCAUCAUUUUUUUUACGCUAAAUAGGAAUUUUAAAUCACACCAUCAGUCCGUCCCGCACUUUUUUUUUUAAUCACUAAUUAUUUUUUUUUCUUAACGCCCGCCGCCCUUCGCAAUCAGAAAAAGAAAAUUUCUCACCGACUGACAGUUAGAAAUAAAUCGAUGAAAUUGUGUGUAUCUGGUAGAAAGAAUCCACAGUCCAUUCCAAUAGUUUAAAAUCUUAUAUAUUGUCCCUUUUUUGCUAUUUAUACUUCCAAAGUGACAAUAAAGUCGAACCAUAAAAGUCGUUGUAUCAUUAGAAUAGCUUGUUUGUUUUAGCUUAUUUGAUUUUCUUGUUUCUUCCUCGUUCUCGUUUCAAUUUCAUAAUAUAGUAUGGACUUCUAUUAUAGGAAGCUGAUGGGUAAUGGUACCAUCGCAAGUAAGUUCAGACUUAACAGUGGUCCUACUCAAGCUCCCAUCAUUCAACUGAAUCAAUCAAACUUACGUGAACAAAUCAAAUUAAGUCCGCUUCAAUCAGCCACAACUUUUAAACCUGAAAUUGAUAAUGUGAAUGGUAAUGGUACCCAUAAUUAUACUACUAAAUCAGAUGAUAUUAAGAGUGGCAACCCUAUCACUCCUCCUAACACUACUAUUCCAACUGUUACAACUGCUGGUAAUGUCCAUAAUCUUGAUGAAAAAGAACAAUCCAUCAUAUCGGGAGCUUUAUUAACUAACAAACGUAGUGUUGUGAAAUUAGAUAUAUCAGAUGAAAAACAAAGCCAACAACCAGUUGAAUUCCCAGAAACUCAUCAUCCAAAUAAUUGUAAUCGUUGUUAUCGUUUAAAGAAGAAAUGUUCAAGAGAAUAUCCUAAAUGUUCAAACUGUACUAGAACUGGUAAUGAUUGUGAAUAUAUCAAUAGAAGUAAUAAAAGAAGAAAAAGACUUCCUGGAUCAAGAAACAUUAAACAUCUUGGUGAGCAAGUAGAAGUAUCCAUCAUAACUGAUUCUUCCGAUAAAGAAUCAUCUCCUAAUGAUAUUGGUACGGUUACUACUCAAACAGAUAAUAUUAUAAAACCAAUAACAUUAAAAGAAACAAAGGAAUCGGCUAAACUGAGUGUUGCUCAUAAGUUAGUAUCUGUCUCAUCUUUACUCGUAUCUGAAGAAGAUGACUCAACUCCUCAUCCAACGAAAACACUCACUGUAAGAGAACCAAGACCAAAAAAGAUACCAUCUGCUGCAUUAUCAAGUUCCGCUAGAAGAGAUAAAGAAGUUAAUGAUAUUCCUGCUGAAGAUAAACUUGCAAAGAGACUUUUAACCUCAACCAAAACCAAUUUAAAGGAUGAAUUCAUUAAUCUUAAAUCAAUAUCAGAUUUAGAUUUACCGUCAACUUUUGUUCGUAAUUAUUUUGAUAAUUUCGCUCAUAAAUAUCCUUUCAUUAAUAAAGUUCAAUUCUUAACCUCAUUUCAAACCAUCGAUUUCACAAAAGAAUCUAUCAUAAAUUUAGAUACCUACUUAUUAAUGGCUAUUGGAUGUUUGAUCUAUGAUUCUAAAGCCACUCAUAGUAAAUCUCACUUUAAUGAAUAUUUUAAUGAUAAAAGUAUAAUAUCAAUCAUUGAUGUAUUAGACUUGAAUAUAACGAAAAAUGAUAAAGAAGAAAGCUUUGAAAAUUUAAGAUUGUUAUUAUUAUUAACGAUUUAUAGUAUAACAUCUUUAAAUACUUCAUUAUGUUGGGGUUUGAUUGGAAUACUAGAUAGAUUAGUGAUUCAAUUAGAUCUUUAUAAGAAAUCAGAUAAUGUGGUGUAUGAAAGAAUCUUUUGGAGUGUGUUUAAUUUAGAUAAGGAAUUAAGUCUUUUAGUUGAUAAACCAAGUCAAUUGCCUAUUGAUGAAUUCAUGCAAUUGAAAACUCCAUUAACUGAAUCAAUUUAUGAGAAUGAAAAUAUGGAUUUAGUAAAUCAAGAAAUUGGUCUUUCAUAUUUGAAAAAUCUUAUACUUUAUUUGAAUUUAUCGAAUAAUAAAACUUAUGAUUUAAAACAAGUUUCUACUGAUCUUGAAAAAUGGAGAAUCUCCACUAGUUCAAUCAUUCAUCAAAAUUUUGGUCAUUCUACCAACAUGCAAGAUUUCAUUACUUUAAUUAAUCUUAAUUAUUAUUACAUGUUAGUUGAAUUAGAUCAAUUAUCAUCGAGUGAAUCAUUUCAAUUCACCUUACAAUUCAUUUCAAAUUCAUUUCAAUUAAUUGUUUCUGAAUCAGAACAAGAUUCAAAGAAAGCAUUCACAAAAUUAAGUUUAAAUUCAUCUUUAUUCUGGUAUAAACAACUCUUUAAAGUGAUUCGUUAUAGUAUAUCUUCCUUGGCUAAUAUUUUACAGGAUAAUUCAUUAACCACCGUUCAAAUCAAUCUUAAAUUAAGUGAAUUCUCCAGCAAUUUACAAGUGAUUAUAAACUUAUUGAAUUAUCUUCAAGAUAAUUUCGGUAAUAAUGAUCAUUUAAUUUCAAAUUCUUCCAAACGUUUCCAUCAAAAACUUGAUCUCAGUUUAAAUCAUUUAAGAACUAUUCAUGAUAAAUUAAAUAAAUUCAACGUUAUGACAAGCAAUAUACCCCAUCGUUUAGAGUUUUCCAAAGACAUUGGUGAAUUGGCCAACCAAUUAAACACCAUUUAAUGAUAAAUAAUUAUGUAUAGAUAGUAUAAUUAAUAAAAAACAAUCUGUAUUAUGAAUCAAAACCAAUUGCAAAAAAUGUAUGUACGGUGGUAGCGCUUUAGUUUUUGUGGUUAGGUCGUGUGAUUAUGAUCAUUUUUCGAUGUUUCUGAC